AUGGGAAUCGACGCCGGCUUCGACAUGGUUCCUCGUCUAUCCAAAGGAGUCGUUGAUAGACACAACUGGGACCGCUUUAUCAACUUCAUCAAAGAGCAUUACAAAGAUGACGCUCAAAUUGAGAUAAAGCCGAAUUACAUUAUAUUCAAAGCAGGGGAACACCCCAUACUCCCCUUUGAGGGCCACAAGUUCCUGCGUUUUAGCUCGAAGGUUUCGGGGCCCACCGCAGCAGCCACGAGAGUAGAAAGCUAUAUCGAUACUGUUACACGUAUUGCGAAGGUUCACUUCGGCUCCCGUGUCCAGUACUGGAAUGAAGGUUUCGACCACUUUGGUAACUACGACUGGAAUGAAGUGCACGAAUCAAUCAGAUCCUAUGAGCAGGUCCGUCAUGCCGUCGUAAUCUCGCCGUUCCUGCUUCUUGACAAACUUGGCAUUCCGAUUUUCGAAAUCAAGGACAUCCUCGGAAAAGGCAAAGGUCUCGUCGCCCGUUUCAACAUAUCCAAAGGUACUCGUAUCCUUGUUGAGAAGCCGCUUCUCACAGUUCGAUCCAUGCCGCCCAAUGAGUUGGAGCCGGUCCUCGCGGCAAGGCUAAAAGCGUUGUCCAAAGCAUCGCAACGGCAGUUCCUGUCCCUCCGCAAUAACUUUCCGGGAAAGUACCCGUUCAGCGGCAUUGUCAAGACGAACGCUCUGCCCUGCGGACCCGGCUCGCCUGUGGGUGGAGUCUACCCCACGGCCUGCCUCAUCAAUCACAGCUGUAUUCCAAAUUCUCACCACAGCUGGAACAGCAACGUGGAACACGAAACCAUCCACGCGGUCCGACCCAUCGAAGCCGGAGAAGAGAUCACAAUAUCGUAUGACCGAGGGGAUCCAUAUAUCGUACGACAGGCGUUUCUGAAUGAAGCCUUCGGUUUCGAUUGCAACUGCAGCGGAUGCUCUCUUCCGCCUUCCGAGCUCCAAGCCAGCAACGCACGCCGAAUACUGAUUCAAGGCCUCGACGACACCAUUGGGGAUCCAUUUCGGAUGAUGGUUAGCCCGAAGGAAGUUCUAGGGGACUGCCACUCGCUGCUUCAAGUUCUGGAGGAGGAAUACGGCGGGUGUGCUACGGCAAGCAGUGCCAGGCUCUAUUACGACGCUUUCCAAGUCAGCAUCACGCAUGGAGACCAGGCUCGGGCAAGCGUGUUCGCAGAGAGAGCGUAUAAGGCCAGGGUUGUCUGUGAGGGUGAGGAUAGCCCCGAGACGCAGAGGGUGAAGUCUCUUGCGUUGAAGCCAUCAGAGCAUAGCAGCUUUGGACUGUGUUCCACGAAGUGGAAGACGACGAGGGAAAUGGUACCGAAGAGUUUGAAUACGGCGCAGUUUGAGAAGUGGUUGUUUGGAGAACAAAGCUGAAAGGGGCAGUCGAGGAUACCAUUUUCGACCGGAAGCCUAACAUCGAGGCAGUUAGAGCUAUAAUCUAGUUUGCGAAGGACAGGGGAAAGCUGAGGCGAACGAACAAGACAAAGCAAGCGUGAUUAACCCUCGGGUAGACCUCAUCAGUGCUCUACUGCGAGGAAGUCUGAUUAGGCUUAGCUUUUCUUU